AUGAACACGCAAAAAGGUUUUACAUUUAGAUUCAAGUCGUGAUCAUCGUAAAACUAAAAAAACUCAUCAAAAAAAAUAAUUAUUAUAUUUAGUCGUUGCGGAAAAAUUUCAUUUUCACUGUUUCGAGCAUGGUUUUUUUAGGCUUUUUCAAGACAUUUUUCUCACUUUUUAUCUUUGGACACGCCUUUUUCACUGUCUUCUAGGCGAAUUUGCAACAAUUUUUGGCUGAAAGAAUUGGUAUUUCAAUAGUGUCCAACGAAAAAAAUGUUGUAAAAAAAGAAUUUUUUUCGGUCGUUCGAAGUUGUACGAAUUCUCAGUUUCGGAACACUUUUUUUAAUUUUUUUCAAACAGUUUUUUUCCACUAGGAUCAGGCAGAACAUUUUCGCGUUUCCAGUAGCGUCGUGGGAACGGAAAAAAACUCUAAAAAAAUUUUGUUCAUUUUUUUCCUUCCUUUAUUUUUUUCAGAAGCAUUAUAGCUUUUUAACUUUUUAAGAAAAAGAAAAAUUAUUUUUAAAUUUGCCAGUGAAUAGUUUAUUACAAAACUUUUUUGAAUAAUUUUUCGAGAUAGUUUGGUUCAAAAAAAGCUUUUUUUCAGCUUUCAAAAGGGAAAAAAAUGUCUUAGUUGCUCAAAAAAAUAGUACAUUUUCAUUCUUUUUUUAAACAUUUAUCUUACGUUUCGAAAUGUUCAGCUUUAGUCGGUCAGCUGAAAUUCCUGAUGAAAAAUUCCAAAAAUUUAGUGACUAGAAUAAAUAAGACUUUUUCUUCGUCUUUUUUUAUAGUUUUAUUCAAAUUUAAGUUUUUUUGCUGGGAAUCAUAAAAAAAUUUCAGUGUGUUUGGGCCUUCAAAAUGUUUUUUUGCGAAUAAUGAAACGUUUUUUUAACCUUUUUUUCAUGUUCGUAACGCCCUAAAUAACCUUGCGCGAAUUUUUUAUCUAAACCUUAAAAGUACAAAAAUAAAUUGGAAGAGGAUGGACUUUUUUGAACGUUAAAAUUGAAGGAGGAGGAUUUAAAAAAAUAUCAGAAUUUUUUUCUUUCAAUUUCUAAGGCGACUUUUGGAAUAUUUAUGAAACUGGAGGAGGAUGGAAUUUUGUAAACUUUAAAAAUCGGAGGAGGAGGAACUUUUCGAUAUCAAGUUUUUUUUCUUUUAGUGAAUAUUUUUUGAGUAGAACUCCAAAAUGGAACAAGGAUUUUUUUAUUUUUUCCUAACUUUUCAAUCAACAGUACUUAUUUUUCAAUAGCUCAUAUAAAUUGACGAGAUUUUUUUCUUCAUUCCGUGUAUUUUUCUUCACUCGAAUCCUCUCAAUCGGCCGAGGCUACCCUAGAGUGUAUACGGCGUCCGUCCCCGAUCUCCGCCGUUCCCGUACUUGCGAAACUGAGGGAUCUACUUGUGGAAGAACGAGGCGAAGGACCGUAAGACUAUGCUUUCAAAUCAAUCGACUACACGUUUGACUUCUUUUUCGCCAAAGGCGGUGUUAGUGCCGUUCAAAAGAGCGAUUUUUUCACCGCCUAGUCGAUUCCAUCUGACUAAAAACAACCAAUUAAUAUUGAUGAAAUUUUUGAUUCUUUAGUAAACUACGGAUUUCGCAUCGAAAGUUACCUUUUUUUAAAUUUUGAGCGAGUUGAGUUUUUUCCGGAGAAAAGAAUAAUCAGGAAUUAUUUUGCCAUAAAAAUUUCAUUCUUAAAGUUACUGUUUUUUUGGAGGAAAUUCGAUAGAAGAAAAAAAACUAGCUCUCUCCAAAAAAAACACCAUUUCAAAGUCUUUUUGUUUUUCAAAAAAAUUGGAAGGGGUUAGAUAAUGGGGUGGGAUCAAGUAAGUUUGAUACAGUUUCUGUACCGAGUUAGUUGACUUUUUCAGACCGGUUACGGUAGAAGAGAUCCGGAAGGCGGAGGCAAGCCGGGAAGAGUUCCAGUGGCGCAGUCCGAGUGCGUCUCGAUGCCGAUCGUGCGUGGCUAGUUCAAACCUUCUGCUUUGCGAAAAAUCCUUUUUUUAAUUUGAAAAAAAUUAUAAGAAUGUUUUUUUGAAAGUCAGAAACCGGUAAAUUUAGAAUUUGGCGAUAGCCAACAAUUUUUUUGAUGGCCGAGAAGAAUUUUUUUAGCGUCUCAUAGCUUUUUAUUUAGUCCUAUCAAAAUAUGGAAGUUCGAAAAAAUGAUCCAUUUUUGGAUUGAAAAUUUUAUAUAUAACCAAAUUUGUAAAAGCUCAGUAGGCAUGAAACGUAUGAGCUCGGAAAAAAUCAUUGUAUGGAUAUUCUCAUUUUUAUCUCGAAAGUUAAACUUCAUCGAAUGACGGAAAAAGAGAGAAAGCAAACAUUUUUUUCACAAAAAGCCUAUAAACUUGCCCAUAAAAAGUGGCAACGAAGAAACCUUGAAUAUCCUGAAUGGGCAACUCCUAAGAAACCUUCCAGUUGCUUUUUUUGGACUCCCAGAAAAUCUCUCCGUUUCGGGUGAACGACGGAAGCAUCUGCGAGUGCUUACUGGCCAAUAUAAGCGAACCUUUAUUUUUUUAGAAAACGAUUUUUUUCAGAUUUCGAAUUUCCAUAGCUGCUUCAGUUUCAUUCUCAAAAACGGUUGACCUGCACAAAAAAAGAAUGAUAAAAAAAUUAUAGCCCAAAAAGUAGUUUGAAAAUUCCCUAGAUCUUUCUAUCAAAUUCAGUUUCAAAUUUUAAUCAUUUGAAAUCCAUGUCAGUCGCUUACGGGUUAGUACGAAAUUUAAAAAGUUUAGUAUUUUUGCUAGUUUUUGAAAAAAAGAUAGAAGACUCGAGGAAGAAUUUUUAUCAGAAAAUUUCCUUUUUUUAAUUCAAAAACAGCUUUUUGCGUGUAGUGAUCGUAUCUAGAAAAAAAUUGAAGAUUUUUUCGAAUUUGUACAUUUCUAUUUCUCGCGCGUUUUCGCUUUAGAUAAAAAAAAGUGCAAUAUGACAUAAUUCAUGACGUAAAAUCCGAAUUUUGACUCAAAACAGAACAAAAAACGCUCUGACACGAAAUUUUGGAUUUAUCGGCGAUUUGUGUGAAAAGUUAAAUUUGAGCACUGUGUGUAUCAUAACUAUCAAUCAUUAUUAUGAAAAGCUUUUUUUCAUAAAUUAUUUGAGGUCGUUAUCGAAAAGAUUGAAAAAGAAAAUCAAAGUAUAUCGCGCAUUUGUUCGUUUAUGUCGUGUUCAAAGUGAUUCCGCGAAACGCAAAAUACCCGUUAGAGACAGGAAAAUAUAAUUAAAUUUUUAAAAAAACUAAAAAGAGUCAUAGACCAUUUUUGCUUUUCGCGGGGAUAACUUUAAACACAGCAUUAAAAAGGUGAUGAAAAAGAAGUUCAAAAAAGUGUUUCAUUUCGAAAUUCCCGUUCCUUUCAAAACUUGAUUGGAGUCAAUUAAGCAACGAAAAAAGUGUUGCUUAGACACUUUUCCAUCUUCAUAAACCCGGAAAGUGGAAAUUAAAGCUCGGCAAAAGUUCGAAUAAGUCCAAAAACGAGCAAUUUUUAUCAAAAAAAUUUUUGUGCAGGCACCUUUGCGCGCGGGUGCAUGCACACAAUGCGCCGUCGGUAUUUACGAACUCAUUUUUAAAUACAUUUUUUUUUAUUAAAGCGAAUAUCUAACACAUUUUCUUCUCAAUUCAACCUGAGUUUAAUCCAAGACAUAUUUCGAUUGAUAAUCACAAACUUUUUAGCUCACCGAAGUUUAAUUAUCGCUAAAAUAUUCAAUUUUUUGUUGUUUCGGUCUGCUUAAGCUGGGAAUUUUGCAAACUCGUUUGAACCUCUGUACUUUUACAGUAGUCUCCAGUAUUUGGCGGUAAUUGAGAAGUUUCGGAUUGCCUAAUAUGCUGAAUUAUGAAUUAUGAACCAUAGUUUGAGUUAUUUCAGUCUGUUAGUCCUCAAUGGCAUUGGAAUGAAUAUUCGAAAUAUUCAUAGUCUCCUUUGCUUUUUUUUACUCAUUGGUUAUUCAAUCUUUUAUUUUCAGAGAGGAUGGCAACAACGGGAAUUUCAGCGACUGAAACUCGAAAUGAAGAUCCAUUGGUUCAGUAUCAAUUUUUAUUUCCAAUGUACAAGGUUGUCAAUUUUCAGCCCUUCUCGCAUUUUUGGAGAAUUUUGA